CGAUUUUACUUUGAAAGGGAAAAGCGGAAACACGCUGUCGUGAGUCGUGACGCGUUGCUAGCAUGCCGCUAACAUAACUGCACCGAGGACUCGGCGUUUGGGGAUGUAACCGGCAGUGUUGCGGCUAAAACCGGCAGUUUCCGUUAACGACCAAAGGUCCCGCCCCCGAGGAGAGAAACGCCGCCCUAUCGGUGUUCGUUAUGGACGAUGAUGGACGUGCCCACAGCCAAUCAGAGCCGGACACCCUACCAGCAGUGGGCGGGGCAGCACGGCUGGUGCACAGCGUCACCUCCAGGGUCCCUCUGCAGCCCAGUGCCCGGCUUUCAGCAUCUCUGCCUGGGCUCGCCCUCUGACCAGAGGAGCCAUCACUUCCACCAGCUGCCGGCAUCGAACCAUGGCCGCAACGCGCCGACCGGAACUGACGCCCAUCGCAACACGGCCUGUGAUGAGAACGCCGCGCAGAGGCUGCAGCACAUCACGCCGGAUGCUCAGGUGCCUCCGUGUUCUCUGCCUCUGGAUGAGGGCACACAGCCUCGCCAUCCCCGGCAGAUGUCGUCGCCAUACUCCCCUCGCGGCCCUCAACCGGCAACAUCUGCCCCUAGUCUCCUCCUGCCUCCAUACGCACACCACGGCUCACCGAGUGGUCCUCAACCACCACCACCACCACCGCAUCAAAAUCAUCUGCCCCUCAGCCCUCCAUCGUUUGGACAAUGUGCAAACCAGAGCGCGCAGUUUACGCCCCAGGCAAACACGAGACACGAUCCUGCCUCGCCCUCCACUUCUCCCGUCCAGCAGCAGUCCCGGUGGGCACCUCCUCCGCCGCCGCACCCCAGAGGAGCCAUGAACGAGUUUGUUCCCGGCGCCACCGCACGGGGCGUGAGCAUCGUCCCUCCACAGUCUCCUAACUCUGAGUCGCGCUAUGGCCUGGACCCGGAGCUCCUACCCAGCGCUGUGAAGGUGAUCGCAGAGGACAGGGCAGAGUGGGAGGGCAAGGUCUUUGUCUCGGAGCCCUUUUCCCGUCUUCCUCCUCUGGCGACGACUUCCUGUAUCAUAGAAGACAGAGGUAACGCCAGUCCUCUCGCCAUCCGCGCCACCUCGUACUGUGUGCCCUGUGAAGGGCAGACCGCCUUGCUCAGCCGCCUGCCGCUGGGAGCCCUCGUCACCCCUCUGGCCAGAGGGAAUCCUGGGGAGAAGCCCCUCCCAGUUUGCAAAGAGCCCGAGUGUGUUUCAGGUUGCAGUGGCUGCGGAGCGUCCAUGUGCGCGGCGAUGGGCUGGCAGGACUGCGGCCAGAGAUUUUACUGCCCCUUCUGUGGAAAACUCGGUGAAGUGCCGUGGCAACACUACCAGCCCACCUACGGGGCGGAGGGGGCUCGGGUCGACAAAGACAAGAGGCCUGAACUCAGCAUGGGCUCGUACGAGAUACUUGGUUCUCAGAAGGGUGAACCUGCCGCACUGCUGCUCGCCAUCGACGUGUCCGCCUCGGCGCUGAGGGGAGGACAUUUGGAGUUUGUCACGGAACAAAUACACUCGCUGCUCACCUCGCUGAACAGGCAGGAUGGCGACGCCCCGUCGGACGUCCGCGUCGGCUUGAUGACGUACGACGGCAGGAUCCACCUGUACGACCUCAGCCCCGCCCUGUCCCGCCCACACAUGCUGGUCAUCACAGAGACGGAUGACCUGCAGCUUCCCGUGAGGGAGGGGCUCCUGGUGUCCCUCAGAGACUGCAUGGACAGCAUCGACAGCGUGUUGCGGCUUAUUCCUCAGUUCAGUGCAGAGUGCGAUGACUCUGGCGGCGUGCCGGCGGAGCUUCCUGUCAAGGCGGCGCUCGCCAUACUGCAGGCCCUGAGUUGUCCUGGCAAACUGCUGAUCUUCCACACCGCCUCUCUGAUGGAGAUGGGACACGCAAACUCCCCCUCCUCCUCAGGGUUCUUUGGCUCCAGCAAACCAAAGUCCAUAUUUCAGCCGUCGGAGCCCGCCGUCUCAUUGGCCCAGGAGUGCGUCCGUCAGGGCUGCGGCGUUCACCUCUUCGUCCUCUCCCAACAAGACGUGGGCGGGGCGUGGCCGGGGCACAUUCCGUAUCUAACCGGCGGCGCUCUGCACACCUACGGCCACCUGCAGGGAGAAUUGGACAAAGAGCGUUUCAGCGCUGAUCUGAAGAGGACCGUGGAGACGGACACCGGCUACAAGGCUGAGCUCAGGAUUUUCGUCAGCAGUGAUUUGCGCGUGUCCGGCUGUUAUGGGCUGUUCCUCCCGGGACCCAGCCCCGCUCUGGUCGCCCUGGCGACCCUCGACCGUCGGACAACGCUCGCCGUGGAGCUUUCCCACACCAGAGGUCUGGACGAGACGAGGGGCGCGGCCAUACAGACUGCACUGACGUACAGCACCCGGACAGGAGACAGGAGGACCAGGGUCCACACCCUGACCCUGCGAUGCUCACGCCACCUACAGGAUGCUUUCCGCCACUGCCAGGCCCAAACACUGCUCACCUUCUACUGCAAGAAGAUGUACUGUGCGGUGCUGGAGCGCCCUCUACAGGAGAUGCGGGAGGAACUUCAGAUGGAGGUGACGGAAGCGUUGGCAUCCUACCGCAAACACUGCUCCUCUGCCUCGGUGUCUGCUGGACAGCUGGUGCUCCCUCAGUAUCUGCGAGCUCUUCCCGUUUACACCAACAGCCUGAGGAAGAGCGAGGUGCUCCUGCCGGGCCUGAGGAGCUCCAUCCACCGGCGCCUGCAGCAGCGCUGCCAGGUGCUCGGCAUGGACACGCCCGGCACCGCCGCACACUUCUACCCUCUGCUGCUGCCCCUGCCGCUGUCGGUGGAGAACUCCGAGCCUCCGAACCCGGAGCAGGCGCUGCGCUGCUGCGCCGUCAGCCUGGAGCCCCGAGGGCUGUAUCUGGUCCACACGCCCCUCACCCUGCUGCUCUGGGUCGGCACCCGGGUCCCGGCGAGCACGCUGGUGGAGCUCUUUAACACCAGCUGCUUCUCCUCCCUGCCCUCUGGAGAGACCAAGCUGCCGGUUCUGGAAAACCCUCUGUCCGUUAGUGUUCGAUCCCUCAUCGACGGUCUGAACUCCCAGGGGCCCUGCGCCCGCAAGCUGUGGCUGGUGAAGGAAGGCGACGCCUGCGAGGAGGCUCUGCAGCACCACCUGGUGGAGGACAAGAGUCCCAACGGAGGAGCGUCCUACGCAGACUUCCUCUACCAUCUUCACAUCAACUCUGUCCGUCUGCUGCAGUGACACACACACACACACACACACUUUCUGACCUCCCUGGGUGCAUUGUCUUCUACCUAAGAUUUAAAAAAAAAACAAGGGAGUAAAAAAAGUGUUAUUGGACAUUACAGCAAUUGGGAAAUCUGUGAAGGCCCGUCGUCAGACUAUCAGGUCGUGCAUGA